CGACAUGGAUGCGCGAGUACUUUUGGGAUAGAAGCCAGGCUGUUGAGUAUGUUCUUACAGCCGCGGGCAUGGGAUCGCUCUACGAUUAUGAUCAUUGCGACUACUGAUGAUUUCAUGACAUGGUAUGGGCAUUACAAGGCGUUUUGUGUGGUACGAUCUCAACUCUGUAUAACAAAGUCCUUUGUUUGGCGUAUAUGAGGUACUUCCGGAUUUUAUACAGAUAUAUGAGAAAUUUUGACUUCAGAUGGAACUCAGCCAGAUUCGACUGGCCUUCCCCUUGCGCAUAGCCCUCGCUACAUUUGAAAAACUCAAUUUUACUCCAUCUUUC